AUGUUAUCAUUUAGAACGUUAGAUACACAUUCAAAAUUUGUCCACGCAUCGUUACGGAAAUUCCCAUUAACUACACUUGAUCAUGUUAAUGAAUGGUUCCAGAUUUGUGAAAAUUAUUUGGACAAUAUCUGGAAUAAUACCGUUAUAAAAACUUCGGCAAUGCUAUGUGAUGCUAUAGAUACGUUAUUAUCGUUAACUACGGCUGAAAUUGGUGAACUUGAAACAUUACAUAUAGUUAAUCAUUGGUUAGUUUUGCAUUUAAGUGAUUUACUAAAAAUAGUCAUCGACGAAGAACAGCAGAAUGAACGUCAAAUACAUCCACUGGGUUUUAUUCGAAUCGUACUAUUAUCAACAAAACAUUUCAAAUGUCGAUUACAUUAUCGGAAAAAUAAUGCUGCGUUCAAGGAAGAUAUUCAUAAUCACAAGUGUAAUUUUUCUGCAAUCAUGAUCCAUGGAGGUUAUUGCCACGAAAUAUUUCAUGUCAAAUUCAAUAACAAAAAUCUCCAGUACUUAAAUUCGUCGGGUGAAAGCGGCAAGAAUCAAGACUUAUUAGAGUGCUAUCGAUUUCGAAACACUGGACAAAUGAACGAACAAGAGCAUACAGGUACAGCACUAAGUUCGAAAAUACAGAGCUACGAUCUGAUCAAUGAUGAUUGCACCUCAUAUGCUCUUCCAUCACACAUCUAUCAUCGUGUUGCAAAUCCUUCACCAUGUUUAAUUACAUUGACAUUACGCGGUACUGUUAGGAAUAAAGAAGAUUGUGUAUUCUUAUGUGAUAGAGUUCAAGAAACUAAAAGUGAAAUGGAAACAAAAAGCUUGGAUAAAAAUGAGGUUAACUCUCUUUUUCAGGAGAUCCUUGUAAUGCUAUCUUCAGCAGAAAAAAAUCAACUUUAG